AAUAAAUAUAAAUUAUUUACUUCGACAUAUCUAACAAUGUCUUCAGACCAACUAGAUGCUCUUAAAGCCAGAGUUGCUGACCAAUGCAAGAGAAUGGAAAGCCUGACUGCAGGAACUCCUUACGGAAGCAUUGAGGCCGUGCCAGAUCACGACAUCUUCGCAGAUAUUCUUGGAGAAUGCAAGGAUUCAGACUUCUGGGCCAACUUCAAAGAAAUCUCUCCAGUGCUCUUGUGCUUCGCCACUGAGAGUGAGCCUGCCGUCAGCAGAGAACGUGACCUCUGUGUCACCGGAGAAAUCCUGAAGACCAAGAGCCUGCUCGACUCCAUCAAGAAGAAGCUUGAAGAAGGCAAGACUGAAGGACUCAACAUCCCCGACUUAAGUGUGGCAGUUAAAUCUCUGACUGACAAAGUGGACAUCAUCACUUACUUAAAGGAGCCAGACUCAGAUCCGAACGAGCUCAGGUUCACACUCAAGGGCACCAACAAGAAAGUCAAGGUCGACAUCAAGAAGCUGCAGGAGGCCAUCAGGUUCGUCGAUGACGGAACUGAAGAAGGCAAAGAAGAAGUCAAAAGAGAAGAACCCAGAGUUGAAAUCACUGAAGAAGAAAGCCAGUUUAUCGCUGAGAAGCUCAAGGACUUCUUCCUUGAGACUGCUGCAGGAGGCCUCAUCGAGAAGAAGUGCAUGAUGAAGUUGAUGAAAAUCAUCGGAGACUUCUCAAAGUUCAGAUCUAAAGAUAUUGGCAAGGAAGCACAAGCUAAGAGACUGGAGGAGUAUGAUGGAGACAAGGAAAAAUACAUCGAUGUCAUUCUUGAUACUAUGAAUAAAGAAGAACAAAGCUUCAAUUUCUGUACCACUGCUGUUUUGAACAAAUUAGAAGUCACUCAUGACAAAUACAUGAAGUCUGAGCAGAAUUUAAUUAUGGAUCCUAUGUGCCAAAUGGAGCUCCUUCAGAAGGGUAUUGAAAACGAAGAUAAUACUACUGAAAUCCCAGAUGAAUUAGAUAAAGCAAAAACCAUUGAGCUCUUAAAGGAAUCAAACGAUAAAAGUUUCGAGCAGUACAAGGGAUAUAAGGAUGCCGUUCAGAAGAAAGACCCUUAUUUGACCCCAGUUGUUAUCAGCUGACUCAGCCACGAUUAUUUGAUGAAGGAACAUGGAUACAGUGAGGAAGUUUUCAAAGCUGCCAUGUUCAAGCAUAAAGUAUUUGAAGAUCAAGAGUUAGCAAUGUACAUGCAACAAAAGCAGUUCGAAUUAUUCACACUCGACGGAGGACCCCCAAUGAUGCCACCAAUGGGAGGAAUGCCACCAAUGGGAGGAAUGCCACCAAUGGGUGGAAUGCCACCAAUGGGAAGAUAAACUAGUC